CCAGAUGCUCACUCAGUUAGCUGGCAAAGUUUAGCCAGAUUGCUAACCUAAAUCGAGGGUUUUUUGCUGUCCGGGUAUCGAAAACUCACAGAAGGCGGACAUGGCUCGACUAUAACGUACAAGAGUACAAGUCCAGGAGUUUCCUCAUGCUUUGGCUCUGACUUUUUCUGCUGACACACUCUCAAAUCUUACACAAUCCAAAAGCUGUGUGCACACAACCUCCAAUGCACACUGACACAGCCACCAUAGUCACACACCUACUAUAACCCUGACAGCAGCUCACCACAAACACACAGUUACUGAAACACAUAAUACACAUAUCACCACCCCUCUCCUCCCACCUCUUCCUCUCUUUCCCACUCCUCCCCUCUGCAUACCUCUGGAGCUGCCCAGGACAAACCACAGCAAAGGACACCACUGCUCUCCUGCUGACCUACUGAAUCGAGAUCACCGCUCAAAUAUCAGCAAGAUGCCCACAGGAUAAAAUAUAUGGCAUAUAUUUUUACCACAUCUUUUUUUUGGACAUCUUCAAUCUCAAUAUAAUGAUGAUUCCUACCUCCUCCUCAGUUAUUUGCAAGUCUUUGGCAUUGAACUGAUCACAGUCACGGUUCAUCUUUGAAUCCUGAAGGUGCCAACCAGAGAUGCUCCCUGAAUAAUAAUCUUGGACUCUUUUCGCUGCGAUUGAUCGGAUGAAAACAAUGGACAUUACAUCUUCUAUUAGUUCAUUAUAACAUAGUACAGUGGUACUUACACAUCUAGGAAAAUAAUAUCUACAUAUCAACCAUCCAGUAAAAGAAAUGGUUCCUCUCAAGUCAAACGAGACCUUAAUGGGAGGAGAAGCAGAGGAGAGGAAGACUUUAGGCCUUCCUGAGAGGAGGACACCUAAGGAAGAAGGAAAAGACAGUGACAGUGAGAAGGAGGAUGCAGAGGGUGGGGUUGAAGAGGGUCGAGGUAUGCGGAUUCCUCUGCAUCGCUGGGUCAUGCACGGGGCUGUGAUGUUUGGCCGUGAGUUCUGCUACGCCAUGGAAACAGCCCUGGUGACACCAGUGCUGCUGCAGAUAGGUCUUCCUGAGCAAUAUUACAGUUUAACGUGGUUCCUCAGUCCGAUCCUGGGUCUCCUCUUCACACCUGUGAUUGGCUCAGCCAGUGACCGCUGUACUUUGCGGUGGGGCAGGAGAAGACCGUUCAUCCUGGCCCUGUGUGUAGGUGUCCUGCUGGGGGUGGCAAUGUUUUUAAAUGGAUCAUUAAUAGGUCUGUCCGUUGGCGAUACCCCAGACAGCCAGCCAAUUGGCAUCGUCCUUACUGUAGUUGGUGUAGUGGUCCUGGACUUCUGCGCUGAUGCCUCUGAGGGACCAAUUAGAGCAUACCUUCUUGAUGUUGCUGAUACUGAGGAGCAAGAUAUGGCCCUAAAUAUUCAUGCCUUCUCUGCUGGUCUUGGUGGAGCAGUGGGCUACAUGCUAGGUGGUCUAGACUGGACUGGCACAGCUCUGGGACGUGCAUUUAGGUCACAGGAACAAGUCCUCUUCCUGUUUGCAGGCAUCAUCUUCAUUAUCUCUGUCACACUGCACAUGGUCAGUAUCCCAGAACGGCAUUUUGCCCCAUCCCGCCAGCCUAAAACCACAGGAAGCGGGGAGUUGAACAGCCAGUUGUCUUUCAGGCCUGCUGGCCACACGCCGCCUUUACUUGAUGUGAUUGCAGAGGAGGAUGCCUUCGCUCCAGCUCUGGAAUCAGAUCCCGAGGACGAGGAAAUGGAUUUCCUUACUGUAGAGCGAGUGCGGAGUAAAAGUGAUUCAGUCUUAGCCAUGCCAGAUGCUACAAUCGAGUUGGAUUCUGACCUCGACCCAGACUCACAACUCUUCCUGCCAGAGGUGCAUCACUUUCUACCAGAGACACAGGCGGAAGAUGUUUUCAAGCCAUCAGAUAACAGUAAUCCUCCCGAUGGACCACCUGUCCUUACUGAUGGGAUGGCGGUCUUGGAGCCUAGAAGUCCCACCUUGGCUGAGCUUAAGGAUCCAACAAACCAUCUUCCUCCUCUCCCCCAGAGCAGUUCUGACUCAGAGGACUCAUGUCUAAAAACCCAGACCAAGGUUGCCAAUGGUUUCAAUACUGGCUUGUCCUCCUCUGAACACUCCAAUGCAAUGAAAGGCCACGCUGCCACUAGGGUGCCAAACCGGCCCUCCAAUACCUCAGUUUUAUCCCGACCACACCCACACACCUUCUACAGACAACCCUCUUUCACUUUCUCCUACUAUGGACGAGUGGGUUCCCAGCGCUAUCGGCUGCGACGAACAGUGCCUUCAACCCCUCAGCGAAUCACCACCUCCCGCAGUCUGAAUGAUCUGAGCGACCUCCAGCGUUGUGCAGACAAGCGGGAGUUGCAUUUGUCAGUUAGCAGUCUGUCAUCUGAGGGCUCUGCCAGUGAGGUGGGAGCAGAAAGGGGGACGACUGUGCGUCUGCUCUGGUUGUCCAUGUUUAAGAUGCCGAAACAGCUGUGGAGAUUGUGCAUAUGUCACCUUGUCACAUGGUUCUCCAUUAUAGCUGAAGCUGUGUUUUAUACUGAUUUCAUGGGACAGGUGAUCUACAAUGGAGAGCCCACGGCACCAGCCAAUUCCACAAAGCUACAAGAUUAUAACAGAGGAGUACAGAUGGGCUGCUGGGGGCUGGUGGUGUACGCGGCUACUGCUGCUAUCUCCUCUGCUAUCCUUCAGAAGUCCCUGGAUAAUUUUGACCUGAGCAUUAAGGUCAUCUACAUUGUUGGAACUCUGAGCUUCUCGAUAGGAACUGCUGUGAUGGCUAUCUUCCCUAAUGUGUAUGUUGCCAUGGUGAUGAUCAGCAGCAUGGGUGUCAUCUCCAUGAGUAUCUCCUACUGUCCCUAUGCAUUACUUGGGCAGUACCAUGAAAUCAAAGAGUACAUUCACCAUAGUCCAGCAAAUACUCGAAGAGGUUUUGGUAUUGACUGUGCUAUCUUAUCCUGCCAGGUCUACAUCAGCCAGAUUCUGGUUGCAUCAGCCCUUGGAGCUGUCAUAGAAGCAGUUGACAGUGUGCGUGUCAUCCCUGUAAUGGCCUCUGGUGGCUCCUUCCUUGGCUUCCUUUCUGCCUGUUUCCUCGUUAUUUAUCCUGAUGUGGAGCCCAACAGCUCAGCGACGGACCAGGGCUUGGCGGGUUUGCCUGUAGAGUCAGACGCAAAUGGAGAAAGGACCAGUCAGAGUCUGGCUCUGCUGGACCUCGCAGACAGAGAUAGUGUGAAGAAGAUAGAGAAUCACUCUGUUGCCUAAGCAUUAAUACGAUAUAAGGUUUUAUGUUUAUCCUCACCAAGCAUAUUACAGAGCAUUUGGAUCUGGUUUACUCAUUUGACAGUCAGUCUUGCUGAAGGAGGAGAGACAAAGAAAGAGGUUAAACGUUGCAUAAAAUUGAUGUGUUAUCUACAGAAAAACGUGUGGGAUGGAUUUGGACAGAUUAUCUUCUUGGAAGACUGACUGGACAUUUUUGGGGGGGACUCUGCUUAUCCUGUUGCUACCUCAAACCCAAACCCAAAUAAAUAUUUGGAUGGUUAGAUGGAUAGGAUAAAGUUUGAGAUGGGUGUGAGCCAUUGAAACACAAUGAGCCAGCUGGAAGUGAUUUGGUCAGGCUUUUGUAUCUUACUUUGUAGCGCUGAAACAAAAGCUUUUAUUACAAAAUCAUUAAUGGGAAGCACACAUAGCACUUUCUGCAUUACUUCUCAACAGCGAUGUCACACCGAUGCUGCAGAAUGACAUAAUAACUGACGUGAAAUGCAGCUGUGGUGGGUUAGUGACAUUUUACUUCACAAAAGCUGCUCCAUAACUGCUUAGUCGACAAUCAUAAUGCUGUAAAAGUGUCACUUUGUGUACCUCUGCAUUACUUGUGGGCUGAACAUAGAUGUAAACUUGUGUUCCAGGCUGUUAAUUGAAUGCCUUGACAUUAUAUUGUUGUUUUUUUUACAUACCAGAAUGUUUUCAAACUAAGUAAAACGUUCUACCUUUGUUGUAGACAUACACAAAAUAGUUAUUUUUU